AUGAAUCUAGUAUUACGGGACCCUACGAUAAGAAAUUGGUCUGAGGGCAGAUUAGAGACCAGAUCACAUAGAGCCGGCAUAUAUGUUUAUGAAGCAGCAGGAAGCCCUUACUUAUUGACCUCUCCUUUUCCUCAGAACCCAGACUUUCAUGGUUAUGACCAGGACCCUGUGGUGGAUGUCUGGAAUAUGCGAACUGUCUUCUUCUUCGGUUUUUCCAUCGCCUUGGUCUUUGGUACCACAUUUGUGGCAUAUCUGCCUGACUACAGGAUGCAAGAGUGGGCCUGCCGGGAAGCUGAGAGACUUGUGAAAUAUCGAGAAGCUAACGGCCUCCCCAUCAUGGAAUCCAACUGUUUUGAUCAGAUCCCAUUACCUGGGGGUAACUACAAAGACUUAAAAUCCUGA